UUGGCCCAAAUAAUGGCAUACGUACAUUAUGUAUGUACAUACAUACAUGGAUUGCCGACCGCUUAUUUGUCAUAUCAGUGGCUCAAACCCGGGAAUAAAUUUUUUCAAAAUCCGGAGUUUCCGGGUCAAAUCCUACGAACAGACCUCGGCAGGAUUUCAGAACAUAUCUGGAAUCUGGAAAAUAUGCACGAGCGUGUGAACUGUGAGUGUGAGUGAGUCGGCCGCAAGGUGAUCGCGUGCAGGGUCGGUCGGAGGAAUCCGCUAUCUGUCAAAGUGUCAAAUUGCGGCGGUGAGUUUUGCCGCGAGAUGACAUAAACAGCGUGCGUUCGACGGGCGAACAACGCUGGACUGCUGGAGUCUGGAGUACGACCACGUACGACCACGACGAUGCACGAGUCGCGCACGCAGGUCGGAUUGCUACGUGAUGCUCGUGAGUUCGCGAGGGACGUGUGCACCUUGCACGGACACGACGUUCGCGAUGCGAUCCGGUCAUUCGAGCUAGUGCGACGAGAGGUACCUCGUGCCCCGACGAAGAAGCGUUGCUGAGCAGGCAGCUCAUCGUGUAUGAACUCUGGAACGAGGACACGAGAGAUUUGCGGCGUCUAUUCGGUAGCCGGUAGCCCUUCCAAAGGGGUGCGCUUCUCACAAAAUACUUUGCAAUAAUUUCACGUCGGAAUGUCCAUUCAAGCUUUCAUUGGCAAUCGCCAGCUGCAGAAAUAAUUUUAAGGAUUACGCUGUGAAUUACACCAGCUUAUUCUCUUCUUUCGUUACGAUCGAGCACUUAAAAUUCUUUAACAAUACGGAGAAGAAAACGGCUUUUCCUUUCGAGGGAGAAAGAGAUGCCACUGAAAGAUAUCUUUGGCAUUAAUUAAAACGAUACUUCUCUGUCAAUUAACACUGACAAUUUAUAUUUUAUGAAAUAAUCCUUCCAUAAAUGUUAUUCAGCAUGGAUAACAUUUGGAAAAGCACAAGGUUUAAAUAUAUCUUUGCUUGCAUCUUGAUUACCUUCGUCACAUCAUGUAUAAUCAGCAUAUCUCCCAUCAGUAUCGACGAAUGCAAGUGCGAAGCAAACGCUCAACCAAGUCAACACCUUAAGCAAGUGGCCGACGAAAUUAAUGGAUACAAAAAGAAGGCUGAGCAUCGAUUGGCCAUACUAGUGCCAUUUAGGGAUCGCUUUGAGGAAUUACUGAUAUUUGUACCACACAUACAGAAAUUCCUGGACAAGCAGAACAUAGAUUAUCAUAUAUUUGUAUUAAAUCAGGUGGACAGGUACAGAUUCAAUCGAGCAUCACUCAUAAACGUAGGCUUCCUCGAAACAGAGAAAGCGUUUGAUUAUAUUGCGAUGCACGAUGUAGAUCUGUUGCCUAUGAACGAUCAGUUAUCAUAUGCAUAUCCAAGUACAGGACCUCAUCAUAUAUCGUCGCCAGAUUUACAUCCUCGAUAUCAUUAUUUUACCUUUAUCGGUGGAAUCCUACUCAUUAAAAGGGAGCAUUUUAUACAGGUAAAUGGAAUGUCCAACAAAUAUUGGGGAUGGGGUCUUGAAGACGACGAAUUUUAUGUAAGAUUAAAAGAGGCUGGCUUAAGUGUAAGUCGGCCGCAAAAUAUAUCAACCGGAACGCAUAACACAUUUAAGCAUAUACACGAUAGAAAUCAUAGAAAGAGAGAUAUGACAAAGUGUUAUAAUCAACGAGAAGUUACUAGAAAACGAGACCGGCAAACUGGCUUGAAUAACGUCUCGUAUAAAAUACUGGAUACAAUCAAGAUGACUAUAUCAGAUACUUCCCUAACAGUGAUUAAUAUCUCCUUGCUGUGUGAUAAGUCGAGCACACCUUGGUGCGAAUGUGAGAAGCUAGUCGGAUCAAAGGAUCAAGGGAGGUCGAAAGAGAAAAAGAAGACUAACAAUAGUAAACUCGCCACUGGAUUGUAAUCUCAGUAAUAUAAUUGUUGAAGAUAUUAUAAAU